CUUCUCUCUCCCUCUCUGUCUCUCUCUCCCUCUCUCUCUGGGACCCGAACUUGUUUCAGGAAAAAGCGCCUGAACAUAUUUUCUCCCUCGCUGGCUGGAAGAAGCAGGACCGCCGCGUCCGUGCCAAGGAGAAGGCGUAGACUUCCUCCGAACAUUUCCUCCGCCAUCUCCGCUUUCGAGACUCAAAAGUUUUGUGGAAUCCGCACCGAGAGGAGUUGCUCUGCUCUCUUUUUGUCCUCCUCCUCCUCCUCCACCUGGCUGCCCCUUUCUUUGCUGUGAAAACGACAGAGAGGAUUCCUCCUGCUGAACUUUUGCAGACAUGGACUGGGGAACAGAUCUUUGGGACCAGUACGAUCACAUCGACAAGCACACACAGUCAGGCCUCGACCUGUUGGAGCGUUACAUCAAGUUUGUGAAGGAGCGGACGGAGAUAGAGCAGAACUACGCCAAGCAGCUCAGGAGUCUAACAAAGAAAUAUGCCAAACGAGGGAGCAAAGAAGAGCAAGAGUGCAAAUUCAGCAAUCACGGAUCACUACAGGAGAUCCUGAACGAGCUGAACGAUUACGCCGGCCAGCGGGAGCUCAUCGCUGAAAACAUGAUGACCAGCAUCUGUGUGGAACUCACCAAGUACCUGCAGGAUCUGAAGCAGGAGCGCAAAACACACCUGUCUGAUGCCAAGAAGGCCCAGCAGAAUUUAGAGAGCAGCUUUAAACACCUAGAAAGUACUAAGAAGCGCUUUGCCAAGGAGUGGGCGGAGGCUGAAAAAGCCACACAACAAGCAGACAAAACAGAGAACGACCUCAAUGCCACCAGACUCGAUGUCGAGAAAGCCAAGCAGCAUGCCCAUGCCCGCACACACACAGCGGAGGAGUGCAGGAACGACUACGCAGCACAGCUCCAGAAAUACAACAAGGAACAAAACUACUUCUACUACACAGAGAUACCGCAGAUCUUCAACAAAAUGCAGGACAUGGAUGAGCGGAGGAUUCGGCGGUUGGCGGAGGGCUACUGCCAGUUUUCAGACAUCGAGAAGAAGGUGCUGCCCAUCAUCUCCAAGUGUCUAGAGGGAAUCUCUUCUGCAGGGCGGAAAAUUGAUGAAAAACAGGACUCGAUACUGUUCAUAGAGCAGCACAAGUCUGGUUUUGAGCGACCUACCGAUGUGGAGUUUGAAGACUACAGCCAAGGAAUCAAACCAGCCUCCUCUGACUCCAGCCUCAACCCACCUAAAGUGCGCGCCAAACUCUGGCCUUUCAGCAAAAAGCACAAGAUAUCACAUGCUGAAAAGCACAUGCCGCCUGCUGCAGAAGAUUUCUCUCACCUUCCUCCGGAGCAGAGGAAGAAGAGGCUGCAGGCGAAGAUUGAUGAAAUCACCAAAGAUCUGCAGAAGGCGCAAGACCAAAGCGAAGCACUGGAGAAGAUGAAGGGUGUGUACGAGCAGAAUCCACAGAUGGGAGACCCCUCCAGUCUGGAGCCUCAGAUCACAGAAACUGCCCAGAACAUAGGCCGUCUGAGGGGGGAGCUCACCAAAUAUGAGACGUGGCUGUCAGAAGCAGUGGGAGGAGAGGAGUCUUCCAACACCAUCAACAAUAACACUCAACAUGGUGUUGUAGCAGCUGACCAGUCCCAGAACAUCUACACAGAGUUCGAAGACGAGUUUGACGACAUAGAAACACCUAUUGGCCAGUGCACGGCUCUGUACACCUUUGAAGGCAACAGUGAGGGCACCACUUCCAUUAUGGAGGGAGAGCUGUUGAGUAUAACGGAGGAGGAUAAAGGAGAUGGAUGGAUGAGAGUCCUCAAAGCCAGUGGAGAAGAGGGCUAUAUACCUUCAUCCUAUGUCAAACUUAGCCCGUAACACACACACUCAGUGCUCGAGAUGGAAAGUUAAGAGCCAAAGGUGAACACAAAGUCAUCCAUGAUAAUUGGAGCUGUCCUCUACAUCUUUUAUCUCAGCCAGUGACGUGUUCAGUGAGAUGAAAGUGAGCGAUUAUAAAGCUUAUUAUCAAGGCUGAUUGCGAUAUCAUACACUCCCUGUCUGCUCGCUGCUGCAGGAGAGGCUCUCUGAACACAGACUGCCAGUCCUGUCUGAUCUUUAUGAAUUUAAGCUCUUUUAAAAUCAAACUUUUGAAUGUAUGCCUGAACUCUUUGUUACAGUGUUAAGUGACGACUCAUGUAACACAUUCAGAAUCAUAGUAGCCUGACGCUACAUUUCUUUAUGGCGAUAUAUCCAUUCACUUGACUUUCCCGCAUUUCUAAUAACCUGCUGAUCUUUUUCUUUCACCGGCCUUCUGCUAAAACCUCUUUCCUGAUAGGAUAAUGUGAGUUUUUUUUUUUAUCAUAGUGAUGUGAUGUUUUAUAACUUAUAACUGGAUGAAAACCACUACUCUGUAGGGAGUGUACAAAAUAUAUAUUCAGUAAAGUUCAUAAUUUUUUUUAUGUCUAUCUAUAACCAUAUGAACAUUAAAACAGGUUUUAUUUGCAACAAUCAUUCCCCCUGUUCAUCCUGGGCCUGAAGAGAUCAGUUCCUAAUAUGCUUCUAAUGUAAGUGAUGGGGGCAAAAAAAGAGGUUUUAGUCUGAGUUAGACUAAUUACAUGGCUACCUUCCUGAUUUUUCAUAGUUUUCAUACAAAAAGCGUCCUUUGUUCAACUAUCCCGCCAUCACAACUCAGCAGGAAAACACUGGCGAAGAAGAGGAACUUCAGACUAAAAACACUGCAACUUUGAUAGCUUGAUAUGAGUCACUCAGUCUGCUGGAGCUCCACAUUAGCUUGAAGUGCAUGCUUACACAGAAGAAGGGCUGUGGAUUUUGUCCCCCAUCGCUUACAUUGAUGAAGACAUCUUUUAAUGGCCGGUAUGAACAGGCUACGUGAACUGAACCUUUAAACUCCAUAUGAUAGAACUCUGAUUCCAAGAAAGUUGGGAUGCUGUGCAAGACGUUAUUAAAGACAGAAUGUGUUUACCGAUUAAGUGUUCCUGAGCUCGUGCUGUAACCUCUCUCCAUCCUUGCUUUUGUUUUGUUUAUGUUUUGCACAGUGUUCCUACUGUUUUGGAAUCAGGGUUUUGUAUUACUGUUUCUCUACUGAAGCAAAAUCUGGAAGGAAACUAGCUUUGCAAUUUCUCUGUCAAUUUAAGACUUGGUGGAUGAAAAACAAAGGAAGAGGCACUACAGCAAUAAUGAUCAAAGCUAUGUGUAAAGUACAAAUACAACAUUUACGAUGUUACAGUGUAAUUCCUGGCACAAAUACUUGGUGAACUGUGCAUGUUUUACAUUGGAGCUUCAGCAAUAACAAGCAGCUUUUAGUCCUCAUCUUCACUUUUACAUGUAUACUAGUUUUGUCUGGUUUAACCACCCAUUUUUACACACUGAGCCUCCAGACCUUUGAAUCUCACUUUUAUUGGCCUUCUCAAAUCCACUGAGACAUUUUUUUGAAGAACGUUUGUCAGUUAUUCUGACCUGAAAUGCCAAUGACCAGUUCAACCAAAUUUUAAAAUAAUUAAUGACAUCAGGAUCAAGUUCAAAGGGUUUUUGAGAUCCACCUCCUCACUGGAUCACUGCCAAGAGUGAUGGAUAAAAAAAAUGUUUAAGCACUUUUAAAAUUUGGUAGGAGUGUUUAAAGAUCCACUCCAGACAUGGUUUAAUACAUUUCUGGCUGAUGUGCUUUUUCCACAAAAAAAGGCAUUUAACUAGUUGACAGUGCCUACAGUUACAUCUCCUUCUCCCUCAAUGAAAAAUCUAGAAUCUGUGAAAAUAAUGAAAAGUUCAUUUUCAGUGAAGAUGCACUUGAGGUGUCAAGUUUCCACAACACACUAAAAGCACAGAGAAACUGUCAUUCAGCGGAUGCUUUCGAAAAUAGCAAUAAAUAGCAAACUCUGCACAUACAUCAUUCUGCACGAACAAUAAGCAGAACACAGUCUGAGUGGAGGGAAACCUCACUCUCAUGGAGCCAUACAAGGUUUACCCAUCUCUUUUUCUACCACACUGUCCUGCACUAGUAGAUGUUUUCUCAACAUUUAAGGGGUAUUAUUACUGUAUGAUCCAUUUUUAAAAAGAAAAUGUAUGUACUGACAUGUAUUGUUUCAGUCAUAAAGUGAAGAGAAAAGGCAUUUCCUGUGUUUUUUUUGUUUCUUUGCAGUAUCAUUUAUGAAGAAUAUUACAUGCAAAAAAUAAACAAAUACAUUUAUUGCAUCAAAA